CGCGCCGCGCCUGCCGCCUCCAUCGAGAUUCCCGCGCAUGCGCAGCGGCCCGUUCUACGGCUGUGUGGCGGCGGCGCCAUCGUCGGUGUGCGCGGGUAGGGCGGCGGCAAGGCCUGACUGAGCCAUGUCGGGGUCCGCGGGCUCCGGUGGCACCACCGGCUCGGCGCGGAAACGGAUCAUGAAGGAGGAAGACAUGACGAAGGUGGAGUUCGAGACGAGCGAAGAGGUGGACGUGACGCCCACUUUCGACACCAUGGGGCUGCGGGAGGACCUGCUGCGCGGCAUCUACGCCUACGGGUUCGAGAAGCCGUCGGCCAUCCAGCAGAGAGCCAUCAAGCAGAUCAUCAAGGGCCGCGACGUGAUCGCGCAGUCGCAGUCGGGAACGGGGAAAACGGCGACGUUCUCCAUCUCUGUGCUGCAGUGUCUGGACAUACAGGUUCGCGAGACCCAGGCACUGAUCUUAGCACCAACUCGAGAGCUGGCUGUGCAGAUUCAGAAGGGUCUUCUUGCUCUGGGAGACUACAUGAAUGUCCAGUGUCACGCUUGCAUCGGAGGGACCAAUGUGGGUGAAGAUAUCCGAAAGCUGGAUUACGGGCAGCAUGUUGUUGCUGGCACUCCAGGCCGGGUGUUUGAUAUGAUUCGGCGGCGAAGUUUAAGGACUCGUGCUAUCAAAAUGCUGGUUUUGGAUGAAGCAGAUGAAAUGCUCAACAAAGGUUUUAAGGAGCAGAUUUAUGAUGUGUACAGAUAUUUACCUCCAGCUACACAGGUGGUUCUGAUCAGUGCCACUUUGCCUCAUGAAAUUCUGGAGAUGACCAACAAAUUCAUGACAGACCCCAUUCGUAUCUUGGUGAAACGUGAUGAGUUGACCCUCGAAGGAAUCAAGCAGUUUUUUGUGGCUGUGGAGAGGGAAGAAUGGAAGUUCGACACCUUGUGCGAUCUCUACGACACGCUGACUAUCACCCAGGCUGUCAUCUUCUGUAACACCAAGAGAAAGGUAGAUUGGCUCACGGAGAAAAUGAGAGAAGCCAACUUCACUGUUUCAUCCAUGCAUGGGGACAUGCCACAGAAGGAGAGAGAGUCCAUCAUGAAAGAGUUCAGAUCUGGUGCAAGCCGAGUCCUUAUUUCAACAGAUGUUUGGGCUAGAGGUCUGGAUGUGCCUCAGGUAUCCCUGAUCAUUAAUUACGACUUGCCCAACAACAGAGAACUGUACAUACACAGAAUUGGCCGCUCAGGCCGAUACGGCCGGAAAGGUGUAGCCAUCAACUUCGUGAAGAACGAUGACAUCCGCAUCCUGAGAGACAUCGAGCAGUACUACUCCACCCAGAUAGAUGAGAUGCCCAUGAACGUUGCUGAUCUUAUCUGAAGGUCCACGCUCACCGAGGAGUUGUACUCAUCAUACCUUUCGUUAGCCUCCGUAAUUAUGUUUUGGACCCACCUCCAUUUGUCAUACUGCUGGUCAUAUGUUCCUGAGUUGGGGUUGCAGAUGGGAACUUGUGUAAAUAACGUCUUUUCUCCUGCCCAUGUUUUUCAAUAAAAGUGAAAUUUUACCAUAA